CAGCUUAGCUGUUGAUAUAUGGAGUCUCGGAUGCACUGUUAUAGAAAUGGCGACAUCAAAGCCACCUUGGUCCCAGUAUGAAGGGGUCGCAGCUAUGUUCAAGAUUGGAAAUAGCAAGGAACUUCCAACAAUUCCAGAUCACCUCUCAGAUGAAGGGAAAGACUUUGUGAGGCUAUGCUUGCAGCGGGUUCCACAGAAUCGUCCUUCAGCUGCUCAGCUUUUGGAGCAUGCUUUUGUGAAAAAUGUUGUGCCUCUGGAGAAACAAAUACCUAGUCCAACCUCCUCAGAUCAUCCUUCAGUGACAAAUGCUUCAAAAUCUAUGGGCAUCGGUAACGCAAGAGUUCAUCAGCAACUGGAUACAGAGAGACUUGCUAUCCAUUCAUCUAGAAUAUCAAAAUCUAAUUUUCAAUCUAGUGAGAUGUACAUAUCAAGGAACAUAUCAUGUCCGGUCUCUCCAAUCGGAAGUCCUCUUCUGUAUCCAAGGUCGCCCCAGCACUUAAGUGGAAGAAUGUCUCCUUCACCUAUAUCAAGCCCCCGCACGACAUCUGGUUCAUCCACGCCUCUUACUGGUGGCAUCGGUGCCAUCCCGUUCCACAAUCAGCCUAUGUUAUCAUCGCAAGAGGGUUAUGGGACCGGGAACUUGCACUUGCGCCCACCCAGCCACUCUUACUGGGAUCCCGACAUUCUUCGAGGGGCACAGCCAGGAAAUCAUGCCUUCCGGGAACUGACAUCCUACGAUAAUGACGCUCUCGGAAAGCAAUUCGUAAGGACUGCAAACGGAGAUCUUUACGAUAAACAGUCGGUGCUGGCUGAUCGCGUGUCUCAGCAACUGCUCAGAGAUCCCGCCAAGCUGAACCAGUCAUUUGAUCUCUCCCCUUCACCUCCAUUCCCGUGCCAGCGUACAACCUGAGUAUAGCCUUGUUCGUUGUCGACAUAAUUAGGAAUUUUGGUGGUUGAGCAGUCACUAUUUUUUGGCACACUCCACAACCAACCAUCACCAUUGUUUUAUUUGUUGAGAUGCUAUUUGAACAGCAGGGAUGAAGAAGAUCUUGCUUUUUGCAGCACUACCCUGCCUUCGCACCAUGUCUGGUGCACGAUGAACGCAGCUUCUAGAACGUUCUUUUCCUAAUAUGAAAAAUCUGACUGGUCCUAGCUCUAGCUAGUGAGAGGUUGAUUGACCUUGGUGAUUACAGCUUCCAUUGUAUAGUCAUUGUUGAAUCUUUGAUAUAUGAGGAAAUCAAAAUGUAUAUUUACAUUAUUGAAUAGAAAGAGGGUAGAAAUCAUCACCCCUGAGGUUAAUUGAUAGCUGUAGAACUAUUACUAUUACUGUAUGCGAACUGUUACUGCACUAAGUGAAAAAUGGAGAUAACAAAUCCACAUUUGCAUCAA